AUGGCUCCAACCUUUACGAAUUCUAAUGGAUGUCCCAUCCCAGAACCUUUUGCUACCCAACGUGUGGGUAAGCAUGGUCCAUUAUUGCUCCAAGACUUCAACUUGAUUGACUCCUUGGCUCAUUUUGACAGAGAAAGAAUUCCUGAAAGAGUUGUUCACGCCAAAGGAUCUGGUGCUUACGGAUACUUUGAGGUGACCGAUGACAUCACCGAUAUCUGUGGAGCCAAGUUCUUGGACACAGUUGGUAAGAAAACCAAGAUUUUCACCAGAUUCUCCACCGUUGGUGGUGAGAUGGGUUCGGCUGAUACCGCCAGAGAUCCAAGAGGUUUUGCCACCAAAUUUUACACCGAAGAGGGUAAUUUGGACUUGGUUUACAACAACACUCCUGUGUUUUUCAUCAGAGAUCCUUCCAAGUUCCCCCACUUUAUUCACACCCAAAAGAGAAACCCAGAAACCCACUUGAAGGAUGCUAACAUGUUCUGGGAUUACUUGACCACCAACUACGAGGCAAUUCAUCAGGUAAUGGUCUUGUUCUCUGACCGUGGUACCCCAGCUUCUUAUCGUGAAAUGAACGGUUACUCGGGUCACACUUACAAAUGGUCUAACAAAAAGGGUGAAUGGUUCUACGUUCAAGUCCACUUCAUAUCUGACCAAGGUAUCAAGACCUUGACCAACGAGGAAGCGGGUGAAUUGGCAGGCUCCAACCCAGACUAUGCUCAAGAGGAUUUGUUCAAGAACAUUGCUGCUGGUAACCACCCAUCGUGGACUUGUUACGUUCAAACCAUGACCGCUGAGCAGGCCAAGAAAGCACCAUUCUCGGUGUUUGACUUGACUAAGGUUUGGCCUCACAAGGACUACCCUAUGAGAAGAUUCGGUAAAUUUGUGUUGAACGAAAACCCAAAGAACUACUUUGCCGAGGUUGAACAAGCUGCUUUCUCUCCAGCUCACACCGUUCCUUACAUGGAGGCAUCUGCCGACCCAGUGUUGCAAUCUAGAUUGUUCUCUUACGCUGACACUCACAGACACAGAUUGGGUACUAACUACACUCAAAUCCCUGUUAACUGUCCUGUUACCGGUGCUGUAUUCAACCCUCACAUGAGAGAUGGUGGAAUGAACGUUAAUGGUAACUUGGGAGCUCACCCCAACUACUUGGCUACUUCUCACCCAGUGGAAUUCAAGCAAUUCUCUUUGCAAGAAGAACAAGAAGUUUGGGAAGGUGCUGCUUGUCCAUUCCACUGGAAGGCUACUGACGAUGAGUACAAGCAGGCAUCUGAUUUGUACAAGGUUAUGGAAAGAUAUCCUAAUGCUCAAGCUCACUUGGCUCACAAUGUUGCUGUCCAUGUUCAAGCUGCUGACCCUCACAUUCAAGACAGAGUGUUUGAAAUGUUCUCCAAGGUGAAUGGUGAGUUGGGAGCUGCCAUCAAGAAGGAGACUUUACAAUUAAGUCCAAGAAAGUGA